AUGGAAUUGUUCAUGCUCUCGUUGCUACUAUCGUGGGGUAUCACUCCUACGAUUGAUCAGUCGUGUCGCGACAUCUUGGGUAUCAAACCAGCCCGCGCACUCUACUCUUGUGCGCUGCAGGGCUUCGCUUCUAGAGCACUCACGAUACCUGUUCCAUGGUCAACGCCAAUGAGAUCAUCUUUUGUUGAGAGCGAAUCUCCGAUAUGUGCCGGGCUCGAGCUUGCAAUACCCGAUGUUAUGCCUGCUUUUGCACGAAACUGGCAGCACUCAUCGGCGCUGUCAGCUAGCAUCGCAUUGGGUGUUGUAUCGCUGUGUAUGAGCGCAAUGGAUUUUGAGCAUCCAAAGUCUGGCAACCUUAGCAUGUAUUCCGUGAACAAGGAAGAGUUUCAAGUUUUGUGGAGUCAGCUCAUCACGCAGUACUCGGUUGUGCUACCAGAAUGUAUCGCACAAUUUCGCGAGCCAGCCCUUGAAGAGCUUGCAUCCUUCGGCUUUGACCCCUGUGAGUAUACGCAGUUAGCGGCACGUACAUUGUUGAGCAAUGUGAUCAAGCGUCUCCCUUCAUCAGAGCGCAGUAUAUUGUCAGCAGAGUAUUCGGCCAAACUCCAUUGGGAGAUGGUCCGUUUGGAGAUGAAGACGGGCAAUUCUUUUGCGGAUGCGUCGGACGGGACAGGAACCUGUGGCAAUGCGAAUUCGACUUCCCAGUCUACCCAUAAUCGUGCCCCAAGUGGAAAUAGCAACAGUGCUAUUGCACGCUCUAACGUACGAGUAGUGGCGUCUUCGUUAGUAGUUGAACGACUGGGUCCACAUGUGCUCCUCAUGAGUAUGAUCGGCACGUGUUUUCCUGGCGAAAUCUCUCCGGCUUGCGCGCAUGAAGUCUGUAGCAUACUGAUUUAUCUACUACAAGCACCGGAACGAUUCGUGGCGUCCGUGUCAUCAGAGCUGCUUACAAAAGGACUGAUGCUGUUCAGGCCGUAUCUUGUCGACUUGUCUUCGCUCAUCGUCCAGCUUCUGUUGAUUGACUUGCGCGAAAAGCAGUAUGGGGCACAGCGAAAUGGUGGCAAAGCUACACCUUCUGCACCUGGUGGAUCUCUUACCAACUUUCACGAAGGAGGAACUGGUGGAAGCAAUGCGGCGAUGAGUUUAUUGGUGGAAGUUGGCGCGUACGAGUCAGCUUUCGUGCUCGGACUACUGCAGCAGGAAAUGUGCAAUCUAGAUCGCCCACCAGGCUUCCACGAGAGUAUUCUACUGUGCAUGAUGGAGCUUGUCAACGCCCACUACCUGCUCAUGUGUCGGCACCUGCCGGCUCUUAUAAGCACUGUGAUGGCGUGUCUAGACCCAACAAAGCCCGAUCGCCGCCGUCGCUGUCUCUCGUUGAGCACCCGCUGCCUGCAUAGCCUUGUGCAACGAUUUCCAAUGGUCGACUUUCACAAGGAGACGCAGCGUUUGGCUUUGGGUACAAUGGAAGCCGUGAUUGUCAUUUACGAUCUCCGCACGGCCACCAAGUGGCGUGUUUUGGAUGGUCACGCUUCCGCUGUCUCGGCCGUCCGCUUUCGAUCCGACGGACGUGUUCUGGUUUCGUACGCAGCUCGAGAUGGCAGUGUCCGAUGGUGGAAUAGUGGCAACGCUGGUCUGUUUGGUGGCAUGCUCAAGAUGCAUCAGUCUUGCCUGAAAGAGCACACUCUGACGGCAGUCAAAGAGGGUCCGCAUAGUGGGGCGCCAGCAUCCAUGGGUGGAGCAAGUGCUGGCCUCAAGCAGAUCAUCCAGACAUGCCGCUUCCACUUUCUCACACGCACCGAGCAGUCUCGCGACCAUGAAAGCCGGAGCAAUCUGGACGAGCCACCCAAGCAACACAUUUUGCGUCUCACGCGAGAAGAUGCGAGCCAAGUGCAGUUCCUGCUAUAA